AACCUGACGCAUUGGUUUGUGCGGCGGCUGCAAUGGCACGGUUGCUUCUAAGAUAUUUAGUUUUGGGCGGCAUGCUCUUACUUACAUUCUACUCAACUAUUAUUAACUUCAAAGAAGUGGAACGUAAGCCUAUUUUGGAAGUCCGUGAAAAAUCCAUGCGGGGCAAACGCUCAAUAGAAAAGCCAACAUCGCCGCUGCUUGCUACGCGGAGAAAGCCUCGAAAAUUAUUCGAUGGUGGCAGCUUUAGCAACGUAAGCGACAAAGACUUAGAAACAAUUCUCGAGAAUUCUUUGCUCGACGGUCAUUAUGAUGAACGGGGAAAAUACAAAAACUAUGCCAACGUUUUUCUUGCCGACAAAUAUCUAGAGCUUUCAAAAGAGGCAGCUUGCGUGGCUACGCACGGCACCGUGGACGCGAUAAAGAAAAUCUUUCAAUUCAUCAAAAACUGGAAAGGAAUGAUUUCUCUAGCGCUGUUCGCACCUUCUUACGAAUAUUUCAUCGCAAUCGUGUAUAUUAAACACUUAAGAAUGUGCCACGCUAGCAUGCGAGAUCAGAUUUCCUGGCAUUUGUCGCUUCCAAAGGAAAUUCCACCUACACUAAAGUACCUGCACUUUCUGCGCCGGAAAUUUAAUUGCUCCGUGACGGGAGUGCAAAUUACCAACUUGCUCCUCGCCGAAGUGAGCGACGAAGAUAAGAAAGAAGUGGAAAACCUGCGUUACCCUCAAAACGCGAUGCGGAACCUGGCCAGGAGGUUCUGCAAGACCGAGUGGGUGCUGUGUCCCGACGUGGACAUGGUGUUUCCGGAUACGCUACCCAACUCCGAAAGCAUGCAUUCGAAACUGAACAGGUUUUUAAAAUCCGACAAAGCAAGAAACUGCGAAAAGUGUGCCUUCGUCUUUCCCGUUUACGAAAUUGAAAAUAUGAAGGGACGAGUGCCUGAAAGCAAGGCAGCGUUGCUACAGUACCUUGCAGAGAAGAAAGCCCAGAUUUAUCACAUAACGAUCUUCGCACCUAAUCAGCUGAGCUCGAAUUUGAGUGUUUGGGAAAAGCUGCCGCUCCUGCCCGACGUUGACAUUGCUCUUCCUGUGGAUUUCAAUUUUUACUACGAACCAGUCUAUGUCACAAGGCACGGAAGUCCUAAAUUUGACGAACGCUACAUUGGCUAUGGAAUGACGAGAAAUACACAGGCACUUGAGAUGCAUCUGGAUGGCUACAGAUUUUUCGUGCUUGACUCGAUUUUCCUUUCACAUUUGUGGGGAAUUUUGGAAAACAAACCUUUGCCACAGAGUGCACCGCGAAAAAGGCAGUUGCAAUUAAACAUAAAACUGUUCUACACCUUUUUCAUUCGUGAAUUGGCCUUGAAGUAUCAAAUUAACAUAGAUAAUGAGGUACUUGCGAAAAUUGGAAGAAGGCCUACAAAAUUUACAUAUUUACCAAAGGUGAAUAUUGUUUAUUCUAACAAUAAGAGUUGAUUUGCUAUUUUAUCUAAUUUAUUUCAAUCAAGAACUUCACC